UGGCUCAAGCGCACGGGUCGAAAACGGCUUCCUUUGCAAGGGCACAGUUUUUGCAAUGGAAGGUGCUCUAAAAUUGAUGACUUAAGGGUUCCUAAGGGGUUCCUGUGAGAAGAGCGAAUCUGCGAGAAGAGCGAACGAUGAGAAGCCUCCAUGCCAGCAACGCGCACUUGGCCACCUGGGCCACCUGGGCCACGUGUUGGGCGGUCGUGGCCGGCUCCACACCUUCUCCGGCCGUCGUGGCGGAGAAGCAUGCGAGCGAAUUGGAUCUGAACUGCGACAGCUACGAGGAUGGCGUGGAUUGGAGCGAGGUGCGGAAGCGACUCUUUGAGUUCCUGGUGAAUCCGUCCGAGCCACACCCUUGGUUGGGUUCACUGCUGGCACUGGGCCGAACACAGACUGACUGCUACAUUGGCUUGUGCUGCUUGGGCUAUCUGGCGAUGAUCUUCAUGAGCCCCGAAAAGAGGCUCAAGGCACUGAUGCACACGUUGUUUGGGAGCGUUCCGCUCUGGGAUCAGAUCCCUUUGUCUUACUGGGAUACCAUCCACAGCCGUUGGCCCAUCUUUGGCUUGUUGGAGAUCGUUGGAGCACAAGUGCGAGACACCUCCGAGGCCUGGGAACUCUUCUGGAAUCAGAGCGUCCCCGCAGUCCCCUCGGACGGUGCGCGAUGGGACGCCGAUGGCGGCGUGGAUGGGAGGUUUCAAGAGAUCUUGGAGAAGCAGUUGGCGACUGGAGCUCCUCUGCCCUCCUACACAGCCAUCAGGUUCUUGUCCAAGACGUGGCCGGGCUGCUCCUUCGGCAAGGCCACCGCCUUUCUGGUGCUCGCGGAGCGUUUGCUUUUGGUCGAUUCCAACGUGCUGACGCAGGCCGCGAAGGAUUUCAUGGCGUUGGGCGAGGCGCAACUCGAUCGAUGUGCUGUGGGGCGCAAUGUGACGGUCUUCGAACAGAUGAUGUCUGAGUGGCCCUUCUGGGGCGUCCUUCGGCGGGUGGAGGCGAACGAAAGGGUGAAGUUGCCCUCCGAACAGCUUCGGACCCCGCCACAGUAUAUGUCUCCUGUCUUGAGACCUGCAGCUGGCCUACAUCAGCCUGGUGGUUUUCAGCACCCGUCGUCGAGCGAUGUGGCAAAGCCAAAGGAUGGCAACAUCCAAGCGAUCUCGCGAGCAUGUGAGGCACGUGAUGUGCACGUCGCUUUGUCCGGAGACGGUCGUCACAUGGAAGGCUUGCUGGCAGCAAUGCAAUCCUUGAUUCUAGGCACUAAGGCCGCAGAGCGAGUUUGUGUUCACGUGUUCGCCUUGAAAGCGGAAGUCACCGGGCUUCUGGCCGCGUUCCGAUGCAGCUUCGAGGGGCGCUUGGACCAGGAGGAUGCUGGUGGCGAAUAUGAUUUCCGAAUCGACGGUGUGGGAGUCCAGAUUCACAUCUUCACCGAGUCGGAGGUGCUUACUGACGAUCUCGUCGUGGAUGCUGGUGUCACACUGGAGACGGGCGAUCUGAACGCGCCCCACAACUUCGUCCGCUUCUACCUGGCCAAGUGGAUCUCGGCGUCCAGGAUCGUCUACCUCGAUACCGACGUCAUCGUCAAAGGUGAUGUGUGCGAGCUUCAUGACAUGGCCUUUCAGAGCUCACGGGAGGCGGUGCUGGCGGCCGUGCCACGGCGGCAUUUGCCGCUGUCCUUCUACUUGAAGGUGUUCAGCCCCAAGAUGCCUAUUUGGUUGCCCUCGACGGCUCCAAGCUUCAAUGCAGGCGUCAUGGUGAUUGAUAUGAAGCUUUGGGAGCGGUUGAACGUUACCAAUGCGGUGCUCAAAUGGGCGAGACAGAACAAGGACAGAGACUUGUGGAGGCAUGGCUCACAACCACCGUUGCUGCUGCUCCUCUACGAUCGGACGGAGUGGAUUCCAGAUGUUUGGAAUGUCGAUGGCUUGGGGCAUGGCGCGCCACGGUCGCCGGAGCUGAUCCGGGAUGCGAAGAUCUUGCACUGGACCGGUCCGCUCAAGCCCUGGCUCGGUGGCUGGGCUGUGCUGGGUUUGGUGACCCUUGGAAUCCCUGUGUUGCCACAGAUCCUGGGCGGUUGGUCGGUCACUUCAAGGAGAAACACCACCUCCGUAGAGAGCACCUUCUUGGAGGGAAAUGAGGCGCUCAAAAAGACGGUCAUCUCGGUGCUCCUUGACAUGUCCAACUUCUAUGACCGCAUUAACCUCCAGGAGCUGGCAGAAAGGUGGAUUGUGUCCAACUAUCCUGGCACCCAUGUAGCUUUUGCAAUGCAGAUUUACCUAGGCCCAGUGAAUCCAUCCACAGAGUCGAAUCCUGAGCCCGCUGACAAACGAGCCAGAACCGAAAUCUCAGCAGUUGUCCCAGAUGAAGCCACUGACCAUGCUAGUGAUGCUCGACCCAGCACGGGAUCCACAAGACCUGGACUUGUGAUCUCCUUCUCGGCACUGAUUUGCAUCCUACUGCAGCCCUGCGUGGUUUUGAAUAUGGGCAUUGCGCCCUACAUUGUCCGCUGGAUCGUAGAGCUUCCUCUACUUGAGAUGCUCGACAUGCAAGGUGAAACGGAUCUUUGUUCCUUCGAGCCUUUCCGGAUACUGCUGACACCCUGGUUCAGAGAGCAUAAGGCAGAUGAACAACAGGAUGCAGCUGAAUUCUUGGGCUGGCUACGUGGUCAGCAUUUGAAUAACCAUCUUUGGGGUCAGGAACACCGGGGAUGGCAAGCCCGUCUUGCCAGCGGCAUCGAGGACCGUGGAGCCUUAUUGGCUCCUUUGCUACUUCGCAUGCCGGAUGAAAAGAGAAGCGACCUGCAAAUUUUGAUCAACAUGUGGCGUGGUCAGGAUCCACACACGAACGCUUGUGUUCAUGCCCACCCAUGCAUAGUGUUGCAGUUCGAAUACUUUUCUGCCAUUGCAAAGAAGCAUGAUGCACUAGUGGACUUCUCUCGUUCUGAGGUCCACAUUCCGAUCUUCAACAAUGAUUCCGGCCGGGAUGUCAGUUGGGUACAGUACAGAGUGGUGGCCAUCCUGUGCCAUUUCGGCGUUGAGCCCGAGAGUGGCCACUACUAA